UUUUAUCUCCUGAUUUAUCCAGACUUACUGGAAAGGAAGGAUUGUCACAGUCAUAAGUGUGGUAUACCAGGUCAUCAAAGACAACAAACAAACUAAAACAAUCAACAAAAUGACAUCAUCAUCAACAACAACAUAAACAACAGCAAGCCCCAAAGGCUUGAAGGGGUUUGGCACUGAUAGGAUGGAGAGGAGGAGCUAAUGAUGGGUACAGCAACAUUAGAGGAGCUGUGAGCUGAUAGGGUGGAGAGGAGGAGCUAAUGAUGGGUAUUGGUUUUCGCUUUGCUUCAUACAUCGAUAAUUACAUGGUGCUUCAGAAGGAGCCUUCAGGGGCGGUGAUCUGGGGCUUUGGUACACCUGGGGCCACAGUGACAGUGACCUUGUGCCAAGGUCAGGAAACCAUCAUGAAGAAAGUGACGAGUGUGAAAGAAUCCCCCAAUACCUGGAUGGUGGUACUGGAUCCUAUGAAGCCGGGGGGACCUUUCGAAGUGAUGGCACAGCAGACUUUGGGGACAAUGAAUUUCACCCUGAGAGUCCAUGAUGUCUUAUUUGGAGAUGUCUGGCUUUGCAGUGGGCAGAGUAACAUGCAGAUGACUGUUCUACAGAUCUUCAAUGCCUCCAAGGAGUUGUCUGACACUGCCUCCUACCAGUCUGUGCGCAUCUUCUCUGUCUCCCUCACCCAGGCGGAGGAGGAGCUGGAUGACCUUAAUGAGGUUGACCUGUCAUGGUCCAAGCCCACUGCAGGAAACCUGGGCCAUGGAAAUUUCACGUACAUGUCUGCAGUGUGCUGGCUCUUUGGGCGUUACCUGUAUGAUACUCUGCAGUAUCCCAUUGGGCUGGUCUCCUCCAGUUGGGGUGGGACGCCCAUUGAAGUCUGGUCAUCUAAAAGGACACUGAAAGCCUGUGGAGUCCCUAAUUCAACAAAGGAAAGAGUUCGUCUGCCCAAGAUAAAGCCCAUGAGGAAUGAAUGUAAGAAUGAGGAGCCCUCAUGUCCUUUUAAGAGGGUUGUUCCACCUGUUCUUUUGGCUGGACCGACAACACACUCAGUCCUCUGGAAUGCCAUGAUCCAUCCACUGCAAAACAUGUCUUUGAAAGGGGUGGUGUGGUACCAGGGAGAAUCCAAUGCGAAUUAUAACAGGGACCUGUACGCCUGCAUGUUUCCUGAACUCAUUGCAGACUGGCGCCAGACCUUUCACUCUGGCUCCCAGGGUCAGACAGAUCGUUUCUUUCCAUUUGGGUUUGUCCAGCUGUCUUCAUACGAGUUAAAGAACCUAUCAGAUUAUGGAUUUCCAGAGAUCCGUUGGCAUCAAACAGCAGACUUUGGUUCUGUCCCCAACCCGAAGAUGCCCAAUACUUUUAUGGCUGUCGCUAUGGAUCUCUGUGAUAGAGAGUCACCUUUUGGGAGCAUCCACCCUCGAGACAAACAGACUGUGGCCUAUCGCUUGCACUUGGGUGCUCGAGCUGUGGCAUAUGGUGAGAAAAAUUUGACCUUUCAAGGACCACUACCUAAGAAGAUAGAACUCUUGGCUUCCAAUGGCCUGCUCAGCCUCACAUAUGACCAGGAAAUCCUGGUGCAAAGGCAAGAUAACAAGACAUUUGAGAUCUCCUGUUGCAGUGACCAUCAGUGCAAAUGGCUUCCAGUUCCUGUGAACACUUUCUCCACCCAGACCCUGAUUUUGGAUCUCAGUGCUUGUCUUGGCACCGUGGCUGCUGUUCGCUAUGCUUGGACCACAUGGCCCUGUGAAUAUAAGCAAUGUGCCGUUUACCAUGCCAGCAGUAUCUUGCCAGCUCCUCCCUUCAUUGCUCGCACUUCUCACAAGGGUAUCUAAGGACAUUUGGAGUAGUGCUUGCUCUUCUAUACAAGGGCAAGUCCUUUAGUUUGGGUAUGCAGGACUUGAAAUGAUGACUGCUAUUGUUUUUUUUUUUUUUUUAAAAGAUGUAUUUUGCUGGGCGGCGGUGGCGCACGCCUUUAAUCCCAGCACUUGGGAGGCAGAGGCAGGUGGAUUUC